AUGGACCUUCACGUUACUCUUAGUGUAGCACUGAUGUUUUUGUCUGCACAAGCGGAAAAAUGUUCGGAGGAGCAGCAUUGUUCAAACUGUUCCAGUACUUCAGGAUAUUGUAUCACAGAUUGCUUUCCUGGAUAUUUCGACCUUAAAUGCAAAUCGCCUUGCAGCAAGAAUUGCAAAAAACAUGAAUGUAGUCAAAGAGGAAAAAGCAUUCCCAAGUGCUCUGACGGUUGUGUUCCUGGUUUCUAUGGUACCCAAUGCAAUAUCCCAUGUCCACGUCCGAGGGGAGACUGUACAAGAUGUCCUCAAGGAUGUGAUGGAACAUUCUGCCAUCUUACGUCAUCUUGUGUUUCUGGAUGCCAUGACUUAUACUAUGGGUCCAACUGCAAGACUUGUUCAAGCAGAUGUCAACAUUGUAACAGGAUAACAGGCACAUGCGAUGCGUGUCAUGAUCCAUAUCACGGCCUGGACUGUGAAUAUUCAUGUGAACAUUGUUCAACAACUGAUUGUGUACAGACAUGCCCACCUGGAAUGUAUGGAUCUAAAUGUUCCAUGAGAUGUAGUGAAAACUGUCUGGUUUACCCGACCAUCAACACUGUGGCAAGUAACAGUUCCAGCGCCUGCAUAUCUGAAUGUCAAAGAUAUAGUGGAGAGUGUAUCAAUGGUUGUGUACAUGGUCGGUCUGGUACAAAUUGUUCCUCUCAAAUUCAGUGUGACUCAAACUGUAUGGGUUGCAAUGAAACAGGUGCUUGUGUUGAAGGAUGCUUUCCUGGUUACUAUGGAGAUGACUGUAAGCCUUGUUCUGGGACCUGCUUCAAUCACACAUGUCACCCGAAGAACGGGACUUGUGACAAUGGGUGUAUCCAAGGACAAUAUGGACAAUUCUGUGAACAGUCAUGCAUACACUGUCAAGGUGGCGUCUGUCAAUCUAGAACUGGGAUAUGUUCCGAAGGCCCGAGUGCCAUCAAUGCAGGCACAAUUGGAACAUCAACAGCAUUGGUGGCUUUUGUCUUUGGAAUUAGUGUAACAGUUUGCAUUUUCUACUGCAAGAGAGUUUCAGAAAACAGGGACAACCGAGUUGAUGAGUCGACACAUACAGGGAGAUCAAGGCAAGCAGAACCUUCAGAAGACUACACAUUACAUCGCUACUGGGAUAUAGAAGAUUACGAUGAAGUAUCUCAGCCUCUAGGUCAGCAACAAGGAGCCUCUGAGGAAGACAACAACAGCGACCCUGAUUUUCCUAUGUUGGCGGAUUACCUUCCCGGGCCUCUGGACACUGAAGACAACAGUAAUGAUCCUGCACUUCCUGUGUUGGCUGAUUACUUUCCUGUGGCUCUGGACACUGAAGACAACAAAAGUGAUCCAGUAUUUCCUGUUUUAGCUGAUAACUUUCCUGUGACACUGGGAUCUGGAGACAAUAGUAGUGAUACAUCAUGCAGCUCAACUAGUGGUUCUCAUUCAUACACUCACUUAGUAAGGAGUGUGUUUGUUGAUGAUCCGACAACCGUAGUCACAUAUAUCUCACCAUCUGAAGACAACAACUAG